GGUGCGUAUCAUUGGAUCAGUAGCUGCUGCCUGCCACACUGUCCAAUCGCAUCUAGGGAGAGAAAGAGAGAGAAAGAGACACAGGGAAAGGCAGAGAGAGAGAGAGAGAGAGACAGAGAGAGAGAGAUGGGGGAGGGAGGAGAAAGAGAGGAAGAGAGGAAGAGAGGGAGAUUGAUCAUUUGAACGUCCUGGGCCUUGGAUACCUUGGAGAAACACUUAAAAUUUACACUUCCUCCAAAACGUGAUCCCUCCCCCUCAUUUCCACCUUUCUCGGACUAAAAGCUUUUUUUCUUGUAUCUUUUUUGGGGUUAUUCCCACCCAGGAGACGUGCCACCACCAGCAGGAGCAGCAGCAGUAGCGGCAGAGGAGUAUCUCCCAAUAUCCCAUCCCGGGCACGUCGGAUAAGCCGCAGCAGCGAAAACACGAGGCGAAUAUUGCGGUGGACGGAAAGGGGAACAUGGUCCGUGGAAUUUCACACCUUUCAUCCAGACUGGAAGGCAGUUUGGGCUUGUUAUGGGGGUGACCGGAAGGAGAGAGUGACAGAGGAACAGUGAUGCUACUGUUUACAUAACGAGAGACACACACACAUACACACACACACACACACACGUGCACACACCCACGCACAUACUCACAUACACGCACACAUGCUCAAAUCGCCAGUCUAGGAUCUACACACUCACUUAAACACUUCCACACAUACAUGCACGUAUUCAAGGGACUUACUGACUGAGUCACCACACACUCAGAGGCACUGAAUCACUGACACACAGACUCAUAGACAGACACAUACACAAGGGGAAAAGGUUUUUUGUCGGGACUGUGUGUUGUAUGUGCUAUGGGCCAAGCUGAGUGGCAGCUGUGUGUGAGUUCUGGAUACCUCUGAAGGGUCAAGGCAGCGGUAACCUUCGUCCUCCCCCGGCCCCUCCAUCCUCCCCUCCCGUCCCUCAUUUCCCACCUACCCCUCAACACACCAUCAUGCCUGCACUGAGGACCAGGAGAAUUCCCUCUCCCUCAUCUCCUCUCACAUCCUUGUCUUCCCCUCUUGGGUUCCUAUCCUUCCUCCUCUCCCUUUGCCUCUCCCUCUUUUUCUAUCCGGUGUCCUCAUUGGCGCAGCAGACUGUGCCUGUCAUCUCCACGGCACAGGGCCGCAUCCGUGGCAUCCUGACCCCACUGCCGUCAGACCUCCUGGGCCCCGUCAUCCAGUACCUGGGAGUACCAUAUGCAAGGCCGCCAACCGGGGACCGGCGAUUCCAGCCGCCUGAGCCGCCUUUACCUUGGCCAGGAAUACGAAACGUGACGCAGUUUGCUCCCGUGUGCCCGCAGUCGCUGGAUGAGAGGAGCAUGCUGGGAGAUAUGAUGCCGUCCUGGCUCACAGCUAACCUGGAUAUAGCAGCAACGUACCUUACUCACCAGAGCGAGGAUUGUCUCUACCUCAAUAUCUACGUGCCCACUGAGGAAGACAUCCAUGAGGAGGGGGGUCAACGGCCGGUGAUGGUCUACGUCCAUGGUGGCUCGUACACAGAAGGCACUGGUAACAUGAUGGAUGGCAGUGUGCUGGCAAGCUACGGCAACGUCAUUGUCAUAACCCUCAACUACCGCCUAGGAGUAUUGGGGUUUCUUAGCACUGGUGACCAGGCAGCAAAAGGGAACUAUGGCCUGCUGGAUCAGAUCCAGGCCCUGCGCUGGGUGAAGGAGAACAUCGCAGCCUUUGGAGGAGACCCAAACAGGGUCACUGUGUUUGGAUCUGGGGCCGGAGCCUCCUGUGUCAGCCUCCUCACCUUGUCUCAUUACUCUGAGGACCUGUUCCAUAGAGCCAUCAUCCAGAGUGGCAGUGCUUUAGCCAGUUGGGCCGUCAACUACCAGCCCAGCAAAUACGCCCGGCAGCUCGGUGAGAGGGUGGGCUGUGGCAUCGACGACAGCACCCAACUGGUUGCCUGCCUCCAGGGCCGGAGUUACCGGGAACUUGUGGAGCAGAACGUAACACCAGCCAAAUAUCACACAGCUUUUGCCCCUGUGAUUGAUGGUGAUGUUAUACCAGAUGACCCCCAGAUUCUGAUGGAGCAGGGAGAAUUUCUGAACUACGACGUGAUGCUCGGGGUUAAUCAGGGUGAGGGAGUGAAGUUUGUGGAGGGCAUUGUGGACUCGGAGGACGGUGUCACUGCUGAGGACUUUGACUUUGCUGUGUCAGACUUUGUGGAUAGCUUAUAUGGAUACCCAGAAGGCCGAGACACACUGAGAGAGAGCAUAAGGUUCAUGUACACGGACUGGGCAGACCGUGACAAUGCAGAGACCAGACGAAAGACCCUGGUUGCGCUAUUUACAGACCACCAAUGGGUGGCACCAGCAAUCGCCACAGCUGAUCUUCAUGCUCAGUAUGGGUCUCCCACCUACUUCUACUCCUUUUACCACCACUGCCAAAGUGAUGCCACUCCACCCUGGGCUGACUCUGCCCACGGUGAUGAGGUGCCCUAUGUGUUCGGCGUGCCCAUGGUGGGACCCACUGAUCUGUUCAACUGUAACUUCUCCAAGAAUGAUGUGAUGCUGAGCGCAGUAGUCAUGACUUACUGGACCAACUUUGCCAAGACUGGUGAUCCAAACCAGCCAGUUCCUCAAGAUACCAAGUUUAUCCACACAAAACCUAACCGCUUUGAAGAAGUGGCCUGGUCAAAGUACACCCCAAAAGAGCAGCUGUACCUCCACAUUGGCCUCAAGCCCCGUGUCAGAGACCACUACCGUGCCACCAAAAUCUCCUUCUGGCUCCAGCUGGUGCCUCACUUACAUCACGUCAAUGAGCUUCUCCAAUCGGUGUCCUCCUUCACGCAUAGUCCCUCUCCGCAGGACGACACCCCUUAUUCUUAUACUAAGCGCCUAUCCAAAGGUUGGCCUCCCAGCAGCACGCGUCACCCUGGCUCACCAGGAGGUACCCCGCAGCCUCCAGAAUCUGCAUUAGGCCAAGGUGGAGGGGAAAACGGGGUCCGCGUCCCUAAUGAGGACUACUCCACUGAACUCUCUGUGACGAUUGCUGUGGGAGCGUCGCUGUUGUUUCUUAACAUCCUUGCGUUCGCGGCUCUGCUGUACAAGAAAGACAAGAGGCGCCUGGAGCAUCGUAGGCCCCGCCCACUUCCUCCCCCAAGACGAGACAUCACACCCGCAGAUGUGGCUGCCCACCUACAGGGGGAGGGACUGAUGUCAUUGCAGGUGAAGCAGCUAGAGUGUGAUGCAGCAUCAGCAGACGAGAGGAACAACACUCAUCACCAUCACACUCUGGACACGCUGGAUGCUCUGGACGGCUUGGACACCCAAGACAUCUACAGCACACUAGACACCGUGCGCCUCACCUGCCCUCCUGAUUACACCCUCACCUUGCGCCGCUCACCCGAUGACGUGCCCCUCAUGACGUCUCUGACCCCAGGAUCGCUGCCUGUGACCCCUGGGUCACACCCUGUCACCCCAGCGACACCAAUGACCCCCAUGACACCCGGAUCGGUGGUGGGGAUGAGGAUGGGGCACCCUCACCAGGGGUACACACACCAUAGCCCGUAUAGUAACACACACUUGCCACACACACACAUUUCCACACACACACACUCCACCACACGUGUAUAACCGCAGCAAGAUACUUGCACAUACAGGGACAUAAUUACAACACACACUCACACUAACACACAUACGCACACACACUCACUCACACACACAGACACACAUAAAACAAAAGACUUAAAUACCUCUACUAAUUACCCUGCAGGAUUGUUACAGAUGGAGUGACAGAGAGACAUUUUCAGUAACAGGAAGAAAAGACAGACAGCUGUGUGUUGCAUGUUGGGGAACUGAAGACAGACUGGAUCCCAGGAGAUGCAGUUCUAUGCAUCAUUCGCUCAUAACCUGGAACUUGACGCACCAAGACAUCCGUCAAAUGUCUCAAAAACCUGCUUUGGAUAUUAAAUCUUCUGCUUUUUCUACACCUGAGGAGGAAGAGGAGCCCUGUGGCAAAAAAAGGGUCAGUUAUGGAUCAGUUUACAUCUCCUACUGUACCUGUGCUGCACGGUGAAGCAGUGCCGGGAACUGAGCAGAGCAGAUUGCAGACGCAGACCUGAGCGAGGAAGAACCACACACAGACUGCUGAUGUCAACUUGAACAACCUGUGAAAUGUGAAUGUAGCAUUUUUUUUCCCAUUAAAAGAUCAAAGGCCCUAUCUGCCAAGGAUCCAAACUAAGCUGAGGAGAAAAUAACAAAUUUCAGCGAGAGAUGGAUGUAAAAACAGACAGGGAGGAAGAGGGGGAUUUAAAAAAAAAAAACAACAACAUUAGCUGAAGAAAAAGUUAGUCAGAUGGUGGGAGAGAGAUUAAGAUUUCAGUGAGAAGGAUUUAACAGCUGUGAGAGCGAGAAAGAGGAAGUGAGAUAGAUAUGGAAAAUGCAGGAAUGGAAAGCGUGCCAAGAGACAGAAAUUAGCUUCAGAAGAAGAAAGGACCUCUGAGGAGUUGCCAGACUUACUGAAGAAUCACUCUAACCAGCUAUGUGUUAAACUCUUGUAAAUAGAAUGGAAAGAUACAGAUGAUAUAUUAUGAUUUAUAGCAUUUACCUGCUCUUGCAUUAAAACAUGACUUAUUUAACCACAUUAUUGCUUUCAUUUCAGAUAUUACUAUAUUAUUGUGUAGAUGUCCUGAAGCAAGGCUGGUUGUCUUUCUAUCUCACCCACUGUAGUAUGUACACAGUACCUUUAUUUAAAGGCUAUAUUUGCUAUGCACAGUCAUUUCAACUAUUCUUAACUAUGUAAGCAUCUAGAUACUUGUUUAGUAGUUGAAGUAUAGGACAUUUUUCGCACCAUUCUGUCUAUUUGUUUGACCAUCAAAUGAGGAGCUAGUACUGUGUAGAUAAUGCAAUACUGGUUUGAUGAUUGAGCACCAGCCAAAAACCACGACCUUUAACCCUUUGUACCUAAAUCCCUCCCAGUGUUCCUUCCCCUUCUUGUUCCUAAAAUUAAUCUUAAAGGCCUUACCCUUAAUGCCUAAUAAACCCAACCUUAAUUAAUGUCCCCACAGACAGAAAGGUGGUGAUGAUUCAGGGGGUCUCAAGUCAGAGCGUGUCCCAAAAAGUCAAGGAUGCUUUAUCGCAUUUGUCUGACCUUCACACCUUAUCAGGGGCCCUAGUAUUUCUAAAGGAGCCCCUGCUUGAACUACCUAAUGUUGACUGAAAGAGAUUGGCCAGGCUGUACUUAAUCUAUUAUGCCACUUACUUUCUCUAAAACUAAGAAUUGUUGUAGCUUAAUAUCUCUACUCAGUGUCACCCAUAGUCUAUAGAAAAAUGUGGAUCUGUCAAUCACGUUUUAAAGCUCAGAGUUUGGUUUACUACCAGCUACCAUGUUGUCAGUUGUUUGGAGCCAAAUUUGGAGCUGAGGAGUGUGAUAGUGUGAGAGACUUGACACUGAAGGCAAACACACCUCUAAACGCCUGCUUUUUAAGCUUUAACAUCCUUUUAAUGGAGCGUUACUUUUCCCAAAUUUCUACUAAGACAAACUUCAAAAGAUGUGAAAUCGAUUAUUGAAACAGCAAACCAACAUCUUGUGGAAAUAAUGAAGUUGGAGGUUUUCCUGCUGACUUCAAUACAGUGAGCACUUGAGGGCUAUGGUGGUUACUGCUUUGUGUGACAAUAAAGACAUACCCAGUUCAAAACAACUUAUAGUGACAAGUCUUGUAGAAGAGAUAUGGUGCUUUUAUGUCAUCCACUAGAAGUGACAAAUGAUAAAACUCUAUAUGGUUGCUACUGUGAAGCUAACAAUCUUGCCUAUGUACCUGACCAACCCCAAACUCCCAUACCUUGAUCCAAACUAGUCAUUCAACCAAAGGCCCUAACUCUAAUAUUGUAACUUUCAUAUUUUAUCCUCUUGUCUUGUUCCUUACCCUAACCCGUGUCCCAUCUAAACCCAUCCCUCCCCCCUCCCAGCCUCAUCUGUGCGACUACAUGCAGCUUUGUCACAGUGAGGCCUAUUUAACCUCCUCUCAUUCUAAGUAACUUCUUCAUGAGAGAUUUUAGUUAAUUGUCAACAGAAUACAUGAAAAAUGAAAGCUGAAUAUUUGUGGAUGGCAAGCAAAGAACUUUUACAAAAUGAUAUAAAAGCAACAUUUAAUGGAUGUUUGAUUGACUGAAUAUUUUUUUCAUAUGGGUUUAUUGACUCAGCGGAUUGCUGGAUUGUGUCAAACAUAAAACAUUUCUGCUGCAUUUUUGAAAAAUAAAAAUAUCAGUAUUUUACAAUUUA